UAGGACACGGCGGUGCCGGCCAAAUAAGACUGAAACGAGGUCACAGAUUUAGGUGGAUUUUAUUCGUCCGACCUCGAACUGAUCAGUUCAUCAUCUCCACAGAGCUGUGGCCAGGUGGAGGUUCGUUUUCUACCUCACAGCCUUCAUUGCUGGACUGGCCUGUUUGAUUGAUAGACCAUGGUUCUGGGACCGCAGUGAAUGCUGGAGGCAAUAUCCAGUUCAGCCCAUGGAGAAAGCUCAUUACUGGUACUACAUGCUAGAGUUGGGUUUUUAUGGCUCUUUGCUCCUCCGGAUCUCUGUGGACAUCAAGAGGAAGGAUUUUAAAGAACAGGUGAUCCACCAUUUGGCCACCAUCUUCCUGCUCAGCUUCUCCUACUGUGCCAACUACAUUCGCAUCGGCACCCUGGUGAUGCUGCUUCACGACUCCUCCGACAUCCUGCUCGAGUCUGCCAAGAUGUUCAACUACGGCACCGGCUGGAGGAGAACGUGUGACACACUGUUUGUUGUGUUUGCCGUGGUCUUCCUUGUGACUCGACUGGUGAUUUUCCCGAGCAAAAUCAUCCAUACCACCCUGGUGCUGUCCAUGGAGGUGUUUGAACCUUUCGCCGGCUAUUACUUUUUCAACGUCCUGCUGAUGGUGCUGCAGGGUCUUCACAUCUUCUGGGCUGGCUUGAUCUUACGCAUGGUCUAUAAGUUCCUGAAAGGCAAGCUGGAAAAAGAUGAGCGCAGUGAUGAAGAGAGUGAAGUUGAGGAGGAAGAGGAUAAUAAAGGAGGAGAGGAAAAUGUGGACCAGGGAGGAGAUUACUGUUGGGAGAAAAGUAAAGACGCCCUGAACUCCAAACUGUGUAUGCUGACCAACAGUUGUGUCCUAAAUAACUUGAGUAACCACAGGGCAUCUGUAGCUGACAGAAUGCGCAAAGCUCAGUAAAAGCGUUGAUGAGUUUCAUUACAUAACGGCCCGGUUUUGCCAUGUUUUACACAUUGAGUGAUAUGGGAUGGAUGGAAUCCAUUCACCUUUUUCCUGCCGGUGUCCUUCAUUUCAAUUGAGAGUGGAAUUAGACAAGUAAAGCAGUGAGAGUUGAAUCGUUAGUCAUUGUAAAAUGCUGAUAUAGCAGAGGAUAGUUUCGAUCUAUCGACCUCUGGGUUAUGGGCCCAGCACGCUUCCGCUGCGCCACUCUGCUGCUCAUGUUAGACAGGACUCAAACUCACAAUCCUUGGCUUAGGAGACCAGUGCCUUUUCCAUUAGGAUCCACUGGGGGCAUCCACAUCUGCAUGAGUUGCCACUGUAUACAAUUCACUGUCCAGCUGCGGUGGUGACACAGACACUAUGAUGGAUGGUACUCUGUGUGACUGAAUCAUGAAUCAUGAAAGCUUUCAGUGGCUGCCUGAUGAUUUUCUUCAUUGUAGCCUACACUGCAGACUGUUUCCACUGCCAUUCAGCAAGUUCACAAAGCACAUGUUGAUGUUAGACCCAGUAUAGACAACAUAGUUUUUUUAUAUUGUAAAAUAAUGAAAUUGUUCCGCAACAUGCAGUAGAUAUUCAAAUGCAGGGAAUAAAGUCAUCAUCUUACUCUU